AUGGUCAAUUUUUGUCUUUUCGUAUUGCCUUCAGUGUUACCUGACACAGAGUCCAUUCCAAACUCGCCCUUGUAUCAGGUGCUAGAAGGACCUAACGACCUCACCACGAAUGACACCCAAGAAUUGUCAGCCCACACCGAACGCUCACCGGGGCGUUUCCGAUCAGACUCCGACUACGACGAACCUUCUGACCGAGCAGCACGACCAGUGGUUGGUUUAGCAGUAAAUGCGAAGAAAAAUGACACUCAAUCCGAGAUUAUUGUUAAAAAUCGUAUUCCCAGGCGAAUCAUUAAUGGCCAACAAGCUUUAGAAAAUAGUGUUGAGUAUUCCUGUAGUUACAGCGUAGCUAACGAGGACCUUUCCAUAGAAGUUAGUAAAAAGAAUCAACAAGAAGUCCCUAAUAGGCAGGAUCCCAGGUAUCACGUUUUAGAAAGGCCCAACACUCAAUACCAGGGCCUUGAGAGAGAAACCAGGGACGAUUCCUAUGAACAGAUGAGAGUCCUUAAUCCUAGUGACUACCAAGCCUUAGACGAGACGACACAAUCGUUUUAUCAUCCGCUCAAGAAGAACGAUAAAUCAUCUAAAAAGUAA